AUGCCCGUCCAGCCCAUGAAGACCAUCGCCGCCGUCGCCCUCUCCGACGCCUCCUUCGGGGUCCCCGAGAUGAUGGCCGCCGGCAUCCUCACCUCGGCGUUCGUAUUCGUCCUCGGGGUCACCCGCCUCAUGAAGCUCGUCUACUGGUUCGUGCCGCUUCCCGUCGUCCGCGGCAUCCAGCUCGCACAGGGGCUCAACUUCGCCAUGGCCGCCGUCAAGUACAUCCGCUACGAGCAGGACCUCGGGAAGAGCAAGUCCCUCGGCCGGCGCCCCUGGGCCGGCCUCGACGGCCUUGUCCUCGCCAUCGUGGCCAUCUUCUUCGUCGUCCUCGUCAACGGCACCGGCGACGAUCACAGCACAGCCGUCCAGGAAGAAGAAAGGGGAGGAGAUCAGGAGGAGGAUAAUAGUGGCCGCUCUUCCCGCUUGCGUAAAUUGAGGCGGCGCCUGCGGUCGGCGACGAUCCCGUCGGCGGUGAUCCUGUUCGUGCUGGGCGUGGUCCUCGGCAUCAUCCGGCACCCGGCGGCGCUGAGGGAGCUGCGCGCGGGUCCGUCGCGGAUGCGCGUGGUGCGCAUACCGAGGGAGGCUUGGAAGCAGGGGCUGAUCAAGGGCGCGAUCCCGCAGAUCCCGCUCUCGGUGCUCAACUCGGUGGUGGCGGUGUGCAAGCUGACGCGCGACCUGUUCCCGGAGAAGAAAGAGGCGUCGGCGACGUCGGUGUCGGUGACCAUGGGCGCCAUGAACCUGGUGGGUUGCUGGUUCGGCGCCAUGCCGUGCUGCCACGGCGCGGGCGGGCUGGCCGGGCAGUACAAGUUCGGAGGGCGCAGCGGCGCGUGCGUGGCGGCGCUGGGUGGGCUGAAGCUGGCGCUGGGGCUGGCGCUCGGCGGCUCCAUGCUGCGCGUGCUCGCCGCGUUCCCUGUGGGGCUGCUGGGCGUGCUGCUGCUGUUCGCCGGCGUCGAGCUGGCCAUCGCGGCGAGGGACAUGUCGUCCAAGGCGGAGGCGUUCGUCAUGCUCGUCUGCACCGCCGUGUCGCUCGUCGGCUCCAGCGCCGCGCUGGGGUUCCUCUGCGGCAUGGUCGCGCAUGGCCUGCUGCUGCUCAGGUGUGCACUUCUCUGCUGUAGCAAAUAG